AGGCCUCCACAUAGACAUAGUAUAUCUAGACUGCUGGUUGGCGGAGUGGGGGUAGAGCUCACGUAGAAAAGGAUGCACUCUGUUUCGUGUCUGUGCGUUCUCUCUCGCACACGCGAAAAGAGGGGAUAAGGGAAGCAGUUACUAACCUGUGCGAGAGAGAACGCACAGACACGAAACAGAGUGCAUCCUUUUCUACGUGAGCUCUACCCCCACUCCUGAAAUUUGAGAGAACCAGCAGUCUAGAUAUACUAUGUCUAUGGGCUUCCAUUUACUUUUUGAGGUUAUGAUGAAGGACAACGAUCUCGUUGGGUUUGCCGACCCAAAUGCAGUCAGCGACAAAGAUGAAGAUAACGAAAUUGCUAAUAUUAAGAAAAAGGUUUCGAAGAAAUCUGGCGGAUUUCAGUCCAUGGCUCUUAGUUUCCCAGUGUUGAAGGGGGUCCUCAAACGCGGUUACAAAUUACCAACACCUAUACAAAGAAAGACUAUACCGUUGGCCCUCGAGGGAAGAGAUGUAGUAGCCAUGGCUAGGACCGGUAGCGGAAAGACCGCUUGCUUUUUAAUCCCUCUGUUCGAGAAACUCAAGGCGAGGCAAGCCAAGACGGGCGCGCGUGCCCUGGUACUGUCGCCGACGCGCGAGCUGGCGUUGCAGACGUUGAAGUUCAUAAAGGAGCUGGGAAGGUUCACGGGAUUGAAGGCGGUGGUGAUACUGGGUGGCGAUAGUAUGGACAAUCAGUUCAGUGCAAUUCACGGAAAUCCCGACAUUAUUGUAGCUACCCCGGGUAGAUUUUUGCAUAUAUGCGUGGAGAUGGAUCUGCAGUUGAAAAAUGUUGAAUAUGUUGUCUUCGACGAGGCUGACAGAUUAUUUGAGAUGGGCUUCGGGGAACAGAUACAGGAAAUUGUGAACAGAUUACCGGAGUCACGUCAAACGCUGCUGUUUUCUGCCACUUUGCCGAAGGUCCUAGUAGACUUUGCGAAAGCCGGUCUCAGCGAUCCGAUUCUGCUUCGUUUGGACGUUGAGAGUAAGCUGCCCGAGGGAUUGACGUUAUCCUUUAUCACCUGCCGCCCCGAAGAGAAAUUAGCCGUACUGCUGAGUUUGCUAAAAAAAGUUAUUAAGCCCGAAUCGCAGACAAUUAUAUUCGCGGAAACUAUGCAUCAUGUAGAAUACAUUCAUCAGGUACUGGAUAAAGCGGUUAUAUCUAACACCUUUAUUUAUUCAAAUCUGGAUCCCUCCGCGCGCAAAAUAAACGCAGCUAAAUUUCAAAUUGGUAAAGCGAGAGUUCUCAUAGUGACGGAUGUUGCUGCUCGAGGAAUAGAUAUACCGCAUCUCGAUUGCGUGAUCAAUUUUAAUUUCCCCGCAAAAUCUAAGCUCUUCGUACACAGAGUAGGGCGAUGUGCUCGAGCCGGGCGUGCUGGAACGGCAUACAACAUCGUGAGCUCGGACGAAUACCCUUAUCUCUUAGAUCUGCAUCUUUUCCUCGGGCGCCCUUUAAAAAUUGUGCCGACCGCGGGAACCACCGAAGACGUAGAAUCCGCCGUAGGGAAAUUGCCACAGGCUAUGAUAGAGGAGGAAUUAGCUGAAUUAAUAAAUUGGCACAACACCUCUACCGAUCUGACGAAUAUGCGAAAAGUGUGCAACAACGCCUAUCAACAGUACAUCAGAUCGCGACCAGGCGCUUCGGCGGAAAGCGUCAAAAGAAUUAAGGAGCUUUGCAUAAACGAAGCCGGAAUUUUACCGCAGUAUGCUGAUGUUUCUCAUACAGCUGCGGAUAUAAUAUCCAAGAUGAAAAACUACAGACCACAGGGAACAGUAUUUGAAAUUGGCGCGAAAACAAAUUCGACUGACUAUCAAGUGAUGAAGACGAAACGAAUGUUUCACAAGGAGAGCAUUCUUAAUUUCCGCAAAAAAAUGGAGGAACGUAAAACCGAUAAAAUCAAUAUGGCGUCAGAAUUGUCCCAAAAAGUCAAUCUACCAUCCAGUAACGCGGAAGAAAUUAAUGCUGCGUUCAGUACAGUGAUAGUUCCGAAAAAGAGAAAUAGCGACGAUUUAUACAAAAUUUCAAAGAAGAAAAAGCGUCAGGCAAAACGGGAUGAAGAAUAUUAUAUACCUUAUUCUGCACCAGAUAAGCAUACGGAAGAUGGUUUAGCGGUUAACACAUUUGCCACUGAGGCUGAUAAGGCGCAGAUGGAUUUAACGGCAGAUAACGAAGAGGGUCGACAUCUUCAAACGCAGUUGAAGAAAUGGGAUAGGAAGAAGAAGAAAAUGGUCACCGUCGAGAGAGAUCCGAAGGCGAAAAAAAUACGCACUGAAUCAGGUGUAUGGAUACCAGCUACGUAUAAAACAAAUCGUUACAACGUGUGGAAGGAGAAGAGUAAGGUCGGUGAAAACGAUAGCGAGGAUGAUAGUGAGGAAGAACCUUCACAAGUGAAAAAUUUACGGACCGCAGCAAAUACGCAUUGGGCGCGGCACAACCAGAAGCUCAAGAGCAAAGUUAAAGUAGAGAAUGAACUACGAAGACCGGAACAAAUUUUGAAGGCACGCGAGUUGCUGGAGAGAAAACGCCAGAGGAACGGCAGGAGAAAGAAAGGCCAGAAGAACCGUAGAAAACAUUAAGGAAUAAAGAAACAUUAAGAUGUUUACGUUGUCCAAAAUACAUUAUUGCAAUACUGUCA